AUGGUAUGUCCCAAAAUUGAAACUUGUUUGGAACAAUGCUUCCUGGAAGAUGUGCUUCAUUUCAAUUCAUGUGCUGGAAAACGAUGUAACUUUUACUGUUAUGACGAUGACUGUUCAUACUGCACCUAUGUUGCAAAAAGGAUAUUUUUAAGAAUUUGUCGCGAAAACAACAUUCCCAACUUACCGAAUGUGAAAUUUCAUGGUAAUUGUAUGGAUUUGUUUGAGUAUGUACUUAAAGAAUACCUUGCUGGUCGUAGAACAUGA